AUGGGACGCCGGCCCUACACCCAUUACGGCGUACGAAUUGGCCGCCGGAUUGGCGUGUUUACCGAUUGGAGCGAUUGUGCUGAGCAAGUCUCCGGAUACUCUGGCCAGUGCUACCACGGGUUUCACUCCUAUCGAGAUGCGUUCGACUUUGCCUACGGCAAGCCUGAAGCAUCACCCGAGCCCUUGACUUUCAUGGCGCCUGAGCCCGAGUCUUUCACGAUGCCUGAGCCUUUCACGACAUCUGAGCCCGAGACUGCCAUGGCGCCCGAACCCGAGCCCUUCACGCCUCCCGAGCCCCAGACUGUCUCGCCUCCCGAAUCCCAGAUUGUCUCGCCUCCCGAGCCCCAGACUGUCUCGCCUCCCGAGCCCGAGACUGUCACGCCGCCCGAGACUGUCACGCCGCCCGAGCCCGGAACCGCAGCUACACCGGAGCCUGCAACUGCCACAGAGUCUGAGCCGGCAAAUGCAAUUACACCCGAGUUUGAAAUUACCACGGUGCCCGAGCCCGAAACUCCUUCUCAACCUAGGACAGUACUAGAUGCUGAGCUUGGGCACCAGGAGCCGCCGCCAGCAAAGAAGGCCCGCCAUAGUGAGGAACAGGCUAGGGAACCUUUUUCUGAUACUCAAGAACACACCUUUGACAGCAAUGGCAUAGUUGGCGAAACGGGCGAGUCAUCAUCUAGUGCUACCGACCCGCCCGAGAUCGUCUGUAACGAUAUAAGAGAGGCGCAAGAGCUACUGUCGGCUCUCAUGGAGGGGGGUAGAGCAGUGAAAAUCAUCCCAGUGUCCCCGAAGAGGAAGUUGGAGGAAUAG